AUGUUUCGAUUGAAAAAAAUUUCAACUGUGAUAAUAAUUGUGACGUUAUUGAUACAAAAUUGUUCUGUAAAAAGUGAUUUGUUGUGGUACAUUUUGACGUGUGUUGCGACAAUAAGGUUGAUCUUACACUUGGUGACGUAUGAUUAUGAUUACUGGGAGCGACGGGGUAUAUUUUCACCCCCAGCUUCGCCUGUGGUCGGGCAUAUAGCCUCGGUGGCUGCUUUGAAGGAGCAAGGUGGUAUGUGCUUUAAAAGGAUUUAUGAUGAGCACAAAGAUAAACGCUUUUUGGGUACACAUCAGUUCUUUCAAAGAACGCUGGUUGUCUGCGAUCCUGACCUCAUCAAACGAAUGUGCGUCAACGAUUUCCAACAUUUCACUGAUCGAGGUUUCUUCUUUAACAAGGACACGGAUCCUCUAGCCGAGUCUGUACUCUUCUUACGGGGCAGCGAGUGGAAGAGGCUGCGAUCAAAAAUAUCACCUAUUUUCUCACCAAAUAAACUGCGAGGUAUGUUUCCGAUAUUAGAGAAUACGGCUAAUGAAUUUGUUCUACGCGUCAAGAAGCGGGCGAUGCGUGACAAUCUUAAUGUAGACAAUCAUAAGGAAAAUCAUAGUUUGAAUAAUCCAGAUGAUAAAUUUAGCAACAUCACAAAACUACAGACAGAAACUGAUGCAAAUAAUAAUGAUGCUCAAUCAUUUAAUGGAAAGUUGAAUGCAAAUAAUAAUAGAGAAUCAGAAACAAAACUUUAUGCUAAUAAAGAUAGUAUAGCUAUUGACAACUCAGUAGAGUUAGACGCCGAAAAAUUAGUAGGUGGUUAUACAGCUGAUGCAAUAGUGCCGUGCGCGUUCGGUCUUAAAAGCAAUGUGAUGGACAAUCCACAAGAUCCCUUUGCAGUAGCUCUUCAUGCCUUUUAUGAGAUGAGCUGGUUUAAUAUAUUUGAAAAAACCAUGCGUCAAUUCUGGCCAGCUUUUGUGUUGUUUUUCAAAAUACGUAUAAUACCGAAGAAGACUCACGAUUUCUUUUACAAUAUUGUGACGAAAGUACUCAAAGAUAGAUCCACAAGAGUUCAAGAAAAGAGAGGAGACUUUAUAGACAUGAUGAUGGCGCUUCAGAGCGAAGAUAAGGUUGACGAAGAGAAUGAUUACAAUAUAACGGAUAUGAUAAUAUCAGCAAACGCAUUUAUUAUAUUCUUGGGUGGAUUUGAGACAACAUCUUCUACUCUGGCUUUUCUGUUUCUCGAAUUAUCCGCUCACCCACAAGUACAAGAGAAAAUGAGAACAGAGAUUAGAGAAGUGUUAGAGAAGAAUGAAACUCUACGCUUGUACCCACCAUUUCCAACGAUACAGCGCAUGUGCACCAACGACUACACGAUACCAGACACUAGCGCCGUGGUCGAAAAGGGAACUAUUGUUUUGUUUCCAACUUUAGGCGUGCAAAGGGACGAACAGUAUUUCGAGGGUGCGUCUCAAUUUAUCCCAGAACGAUGGUCAGAAACAAGUUCACUACCACGACCAGGGGUCUACAUGCCAUUUGGGGACGGACCACGGUAUUGUAUUGGUAAGAGGUUUGCGAUCAUUCAAAUGAAAUGUUGUCUAGCAAGGUUGUUACCACACAUCAACAUUAGGCCUAUAGAAGGCCAAAAAAGGUUGGGACCCUUCAAGGCUGAUCCUUUUUGCCAAAUGACUCUACAUCCAGCUGACUCCAGAGUUAUUAUCAGUUUGUUAUGA